AAGCAUUCAGUCUUUCUUAUCUAGCUCCUGUAGAAGGCAAGCAUUGGAACAUUCAGGUUAGCGGUAUUUGACAUAUGACAUCACUGAUUCCCAUUUGUGCAUGUGUGCUGGCACUUGCCGCAAGUUCUAUGGCCCUGGGAACUAACUUCACCACAGACGAAUUUCUGGAGAACCAAGGCAGGCCCGAGAUCACGUACAAUAAUGACGUCAUACCUGGUGACGUAAUGGAGGAGGGUGGUUCUGGUGUCACGCCAACAACGCCCCCAAAUCAGUGCAUUACUGAGUUCAAGGCUUGCCUCUUGGAAGCUGAUAAUUGGCUUGUUAAAAUGCGAUGCAGAGCCAAGAUGUGCGGAUGCAUAAAGAAGGGUGACAAUUGUGGAAAAACUCUCAGGUCCUGCAUGCAAAAGGCAAAAGGCGAUGCUGACAAAAACACCACGUGCUUGCAAGCCCACAACGAGUGUAAGGAACGCCAACAGGGCGAUGAGGAAUGGGACUCGUACACAACGGAUGCUGCAUGGGGAUAUUAGCUUUCAAAACGAUAACGAAUCGGAGAGCAGAUCUAUUUUGUGUAACUUCUGUCUUUCAAUAUGUAGAGUUUGAGGACUCCUCAAAUAAAACAAAAUUAAUUGA